AUGAUGUUGAAGGCUGUGCAGAUCAGAGUCCUCCUUGGGAGAGGAGGUGAGACAAUCAGGAGCAUUUGCGAAAAGGCGAAUGCAGAGAUCAAGGUGGAUCACGACCGUGUUGCCGAUGAAGGCGAAGUCACCAUCGUUGGGGAUAUCGAAAAAGCCGAAGUUCUCAUCCGAGAAACUUUGGCGGCCAAAGGUUGCCCGCUCCCCGAGGAUGAGGCCAACCAGCCGGACGAAACGGAUCUCGUGGUCCCACCCGACGUGGUAGGGCUCUUUAUCGGGAGGGGCGGUGAGCACGUCAAGACUAUCCGAGAAGCUUGCGGUGGAAACCUCUUCAUCGGAGUCAAUCCUCCUGCUCAAGGGAAUGGGCCGCACAAAAUCCAGAUAAUUGGAGAUCAGAGGGAAAAAGCCAAAGCGAUGGUGCGACAGCGCCUGAAGGAGCUGGUAUGGGAGACGGACGACAAGAAGAUCCGGCCAACAGAGAUAGCAACGGGCGGAAGGCCUGGAGUUCCUUCGCCGCAGAGUUUCCCAGGCCUUCCACUGAGGCCUGCCGGAGGUGUGGCACUGCAAGGGCCACCUCUUCCACCAGGGCGAGUUCCCAUGCCCUUGACGGUGCCCAUGCGCCCCGUCACGCCCAUGGUCCCCCUGAACCCUGUUGUGAGCCCUGGCCCCGGCAUGAAUCCAUUGGUGCCGCGCGCUGUGGUGCGGCCCCGGCCCCAUCCAGCACAUCCAACACAUCCAACACAUCCAACACAUCCAACGAUCCAUCCAACCCCCAACGUCCCCAACCUCGACAACAUCCCCCCCGCACAGCGCCUCCUUGCCGCGCACGCUGCGUCCACGAGGCCGAUGCCCGAGAGUUUGAUGCCCGAGCUUGCGAGCUGGGGCACGCAUGGCGCACUCGGAGCGGGAGACGCGUUCCAAUCGGCCGAAGCAGAGCCGGAAAAAGAUGCGGAAGCAUCGGAAGCUCAAGAAGAGGAGAACCCCUGGCUUGGAAUUGUCCCAGAGUGUGAGCUCCCGACUUGA